AAUUGGCGAUGUCCCGGCAUUUCCACGUCAUAAAGAUAUGGAACAUAGAUCUAUGAUAUGGAAUCACAUGAACAUUGUAGCUUUCGAACUAGAAAUCGAUAAAGUAGUUGUCAUCUGUGUCUGCAUUUAUAAAUCAAUAGACAGCUGUGCGGUCGAUGGACACAAAAAGAGAGAGACGCAGGCCUACUGUAUGCAUAGGCCUAGCCUACGGGCUACCGCCCAAUAUCAUUCGGGCUCUUUGUUGGACCGACUGACAGUCUAAAUGACCACAUUGCUACAGUAGAAGUGCCAAUAAUGGAGACUUGGACAGAUGCACUGACAGGCUUAUACAAUUCCUGUUUAACGGCACCCUGCAGAGGCCACGAUAGCCCACCUCUGCCAGAGACCGCUCCGGAGAGGCCUCCGCUGCCCCUGCUCUACACAGAGUUCCAGUUCUACAAGCGGCGUCAUGGGUUUCGACACACCCCGGUGGCACAGGAGGGUCAUCACAGUGUGGAGUGGAACAGAGGAGCCAUUACAGACAGAGGACAGAAUGGCGUUGCUCACCAGGUGGUCAAAAGGGAGCAGAGGUCAAAUCAAUACAGCCAUCAUCAGAACAACAAUGUCCUCUCAAGGUCUGAGGCUCCACGCAUCCGCCAGCUGUUUGAGGAGAGCAGUCCCAGGGUGCAGUGCAGGGGUCAGGCUCUGAGCCGGUGGAGCACAGAGGAGUGGACGCAUGGCUCUGAGGGCUAUCUCAGCGUGGAGAUGGAUUCCCCCGUUACCCCCACCCGUACGGGCCGCUCCAGGGUGGAAACGCCCGACUCGGAGUCCGAGUACUUCACCCCCAGAGUGACCCCACAGGCCCUCAGGAGGCAGGACGCGUCCCCCAGCCAACAGCGCCGCCUCUGGGCCAGAUUUGGCCCACAGGCCCCUCUCCUGGACCCAGCCCAGGGGUUCUACUACCACACCCUCCCAGUGCCGCGCUGCAAAACGCUGGUCCCCAAGCCCAGCAGGUUAUGCAUUUCCCCCCAGGGGCUUAAGAUUUCUGUGGUGGAGAAACCCAUGUCUAUGAGAGCCACCAUAACUCCAACCUCUCCUCCUAACGCAAGCCCACCGAGCCAGCAUCACUUCCAUCCCAUUCAGCACCAUAUGAAAAUGCAGCCUUCUAACACACAUCCACUGACCCACUGGCAGCAGAGCCAAGGUGGUUCUGGUCCGCAGCAAACCCAGAGAUUUGUCCAUCAGCCUGCACCGGUCAAGCCACACCGUUACCUGCAGUCCGGUACCAUUAUGAAUGAGCACACCCAAUCAGAACACAGAGACAAGGCCAUGGUGGGAAACGCAGGUAGCUCAGCUGGACCAAACAGUCAGGUGGAUGUGAAGACAAAUGUGUUUGGUCAGCCGCUGCUGUCUGCCACGCGAAGGACGGGUCAGUCUCCCCUGCUGACCCGUAGAACCCAAGUCGAAGAGGACCUCAGAAAACUGCUAGUUGUGGGUGAUACGGUUGAUCACGGUAAAGUUACAAACAUAGACGGAACGUUAUCGUCUCUACAGAACAUAGACGGAACGUUAGAUCAGUAUCCUGGAGACUCAGCAGAUGUUCCCCACAGUCCUACUAUGGCCCAGCCGCAGGGUUCUCCAGCACGUGCACACAGCAGGGCUUCAGCACAGCUCAACAGGAACGGAUUUGGGUCAGUGUCUGAGCUCAGUGACACUUCAGUCUGGAACAUGAAACCCUUUAGGGAGACGCACAGCCCGGUCCCUCCGCCAGGUACGCUGGUCCCUCCGUCAGUGAAGGAUAAAAUGGCUUCGAUUUGUACGACGAGCGAGUAUCAAGAAAUGGGGACAGUACCGGAGAGCAACUCAGUGAGCCAGGGUCCCCCUGAGAUGCUUCUGGAAGACUCCACCAUGCAGCAGGGUGAGGACUCGGGAGAGCUCGCCAGGCAACUCUACUAUCUGGAGACAAUACUAGGGGAGCUCAAGAGUGACCUGAACAAGGAGAGGAGGGAUAAGCUGGUGCUCCUGGCGGAGGUGGAGAGUCUGCGCAAGAACAACCACCACCUGCUGGAGGAGUCGCUGUUCGCCUACGAGGAGCUGCACAAACUCAAGAGCAUGUUCAGCGUCGCGCCCGGCGACGUCCAAUGAGAAGAGGCCCUCAGAGAGGCAGGCCCGGGGACGUCCAAUGAGAAGAGGCCAUCAGAGAGGCCAGAUAGCGCAGCGGAACAUUCCCAUGGACCUAUCUGAAGCGUGUGUGUUUAUAUGUGUGUGUGCUUCAUUUCUGUAAUAUUACUGACAAAUAGGUCUGUUGUUUAGUCGGUCACAUGAUAUAAAAUGGAACUUGAGGUAUAUUCCAUUAACCACAGGGACACGGGUAACAUAUCAAAAACAUGUUUCUUUUAUUGCUCCA